AUGGAUGCUUUCAAUCCAAACGACACGAACGAGAUUUCUUCGCCAGAUCAGAGCUCUCCCUCUGGAUCAAUGCAGUCGGGCAGAGAUUCUUCAAGGGGCAAGUCGCCACCUUCCUGCUCCAAGGACCUCAUCCAACUGAAAUCAGACGUUGACUUACCCGGGAGAGAUUCUCCUGCCCCCGACUUGAAAGACAUUCGAAGAUUGUCACGAGUGACUUUGACGGAGAAUGCCCCUUCCUCGGGGUUACCUGACUCGAGCAGAGACUUUUCGAUUGGCUAUGCCGCUUCCUGCUCUAGGAACAUCGGCCUCAGUUCCAUCGAAUCCCACCCACUGGCGGAGGAGCUGCCAUCUUGCUCUAGAAAGUCGGGAACUGACCUUUCUUCAUCCGGCUCGAAGGACCUCGUCCAAAAACGUGUCGCCCAAGUGGUGCCGGUGGCCAGGAAGUACGAGGAGAUUGUGGGUCCCGAGGCGGACGCGAGCGUGGCCUGCACCCUGGCAUUCAUCCGGAAGCACUCACGUGGGACCGACGACGUGUCCUCCAUCCAAUUCAGCCAGUUCAUCGCCAAGGAGCCAACUCCCUGCAGCGUGGUGGUCCUCGGGGGAGAGCAAGAGCAAGAGUCACAGAACGGCGUUCUCGAGCAAUUCCAGGCCACAGUGUGCUCACCCAGCGUUCCUCCUGUCGUCACUCACACCAAUAUGAACGUGGUGUCCUUCGUGUUGCCCAUGGUGGUGAAGUUGCCCCUAGGACGGUACUUAAAACUUAUCCAGAACCAAAAUGAGGGCCUUAAGACGGACAAAUGGUGUGUGGCGAAGCAAACCGUGCUGGAUCCCGAGAGUGCGGACUACGAUUUGAACGUCGUCUUCCGGGAUGUGGAGAACAGGGCUACUGUGACAUAUGUCGAUGAGGAAAGCGAGGUGUUCCUGAGGAAGGAAGGCCAAGUCAAAUUUAUGUUCUGGAGGCUUCGAAUAAAUUUCUCGCCUUCGCUCUAG